AAGCAACGCUUGUACCACGAGAAUCAUGGAUCUGAUGGAUACCAGGAGGAGAGAAGAGCGAGGAAGCCAUACCCAUGCAACGGGAGAUCAGUAGAAGACAUCCGGAGUGGGCGGCAUGCAAGGGCUUCCACUGUUCCCUCUGACCUUUCCUAUAAAACCUCAGGAGCAGCACAGGAAUAUUAUGACCUACCACCUCAGCAUUAUCCUUCCAAGGAGACCUUCUCGAUGAAGUGCUCAAAGGUAUGCACAAUAAGAGGCAUCUUGAAGUUCGUGGAAAUCACCGUUAACCUGCUGGUGCUGAUCUGCGUGGGUGCCGCGCAAGCCUCCGUCGCGGGCUUCACCUCCUUCGGGGGCCUGGGCUCCUUCAACCUGAACUCGGCCUACAGCCCCUUUGAGGGCACUGAGCUGCGCGAGGUCAGGGAGCUGGACAUGCAGUUCACGCAGAUGAGAGCCCCGUGCGUGUACGGCGGCGUGGCCUUCAGCUUAGCCGCGGGCUCCCUCACGCUCCUCUUCCUCGUCGCGGGGGCAAAGCCCGUGGAGCGCCUCACGGUGCGGCUGCUCGCCGCCGAGUGCGCCUUCAACGUGCUGGCAGGCGCCAGCUACGCGGCGGCCGUCGGCCUCUACCUGCACUUCGUGUCGCAGGUGAACGCCACAGAGGUGUGCCAGCGGCGCGAGCGGCUGUACGCGCGCCGGGGCUACACGUCCAUGCGCUGCGCCGUGCAGGGCGGCGACGCCGCCGUCGCCCUCUUCGGCGUGGCUGCCGCCUGCCUCUACUGCGCCAGCCUGGUGGCGAGCGCGCGCGCCCUGCGAGUCGUCCGCGCCCGCCGCCACCGCCCCCCGAGCGGCCUCGGGGAGCGCCCCGCGGGCCGCAGGAGCCCCGAGGGGCGCCCCGGCGCCCACGCUAUUGCCACCCUGGUGUAA